AUGGCUGCCGCUGUGCCCCGCUCCGCGUCUCUCUCCCCGCUGCUUCCCCUUCUCCUGGGCUUCCUGCUCCUCUCCGCUCCGCAUGGCGGCAGCGGCCUGCACACCAAGGGCACCCUUCCCCUGGAUACGGUCACGUUCUGCAAGGUCAUUCCCAAAAGCAGGUUCGUCUUGGUGAAGGUCAACACCCAGUACCGCUACGGUGAGAAGCAGGAUGAGUUGAGGCGUCUUGCUGAAAACUCGGCUUCCAGCGAUGAUCUCUUGGUGGCAGAGGUGGGGAUCUCAGAUUAUGGUGACAAGCUGAACAUGGAGCCGAGUGAGAAAUACAAGCUGCACAAAGAGAGCUACCCAGUCUGCUACUUCUCCCGGGAGGGGGACUUUGAGAACCCAGUCCCAUGUACUGGUGCAGUUAAGGUUGGAGCCAUCCAGCGCUGGCUGAAGGGGCAAGGGGUCUACCUAGCUAUGCCAGGUGGCCUGGUGGCCUGCUGCAUACGACGCCCUGGCCAGGAGUUCAUCAGGGCCUCUGGCAUGGAGGUCCGCUAGGCCCUCUUGAAGCAGCGGCAGGACCACCUCUCAAGUGUGAAGGAGACUGAGAAGAACUGGGCGGAGCAAUACCUGAAGAUCACGGGGAAGAUCUUAGACCAAGUGGAGGACUUCCCAGUAGACGUGACAUGGAUCGCCAGGCUGAUUGAGAACAAGUUGAGUGACGGGAAGAAGGAGGAGCUCCAGAAGAGCUUAAACAUCCUAACUGCCUUCCAGAAGAAGGGGGCCGAGAAAGAGGAGCUGUAAAAAGGCUCUCUGUGG